UUCCAGGCGGCCAGUGCAGGCCCCUCUUCAGCGGUGGCGUCCCCUCAGCCCAUGAAGGACCCCAAAGAAAAUGCGGCCAUCGGUCCGCAGGCCAUGUUGGACCACAUCAAGCCGUGCUGGUAUUGGGACAAGAAGGAUUUGGCGCACACGCCGUCUCAGUCCGAAGGCCUGGACCCGGGCACCGAAGCCCGCUAUCGCAGGGAAGGCGCCCGCUUCAUAUUCGACGUGGGGACCCGACUCGGAUUACAUUACGACACGCUGGCGACGGGCAUCAUUUACUUCCACCGCUUCUACAUGUUUCACUCUUUCAAGCAGUUUCCCAGAUAUGUGACGGGCGCUUGCUGUCUCUUCCUUGCUGGCAAAGUUGAGGAAACGCCUAAAAAGUGUAAAGACAUCAUCAAGACGGCUCGCAGUUUGCUGAACGACGUUCAGUUUGCUCAGUUCGGAGACGACCCCAAGGAGGAGGUGAUGGUAUUGGAACGAAUUCUGCUGCAGACCAUCAAGUUCGACCUGCAGGUGGAGCACCCGUACAUGUUCCUGCUGCGAUACGUCAAGCAGCUCAAAGGGGAGAAGAAUAAAGUGUGCAAGGUUCUCCAGAUGGCUUGGACCUUCGUCAACGACAGCCUGUGCACCAUGCUUUCACUGCAGUGGGAGCCUGAAAUCAUUGCGGUGGCCGUCAUGUACCUCGCGGGCCGCCUGUGCAAAUUCGACAUCCAGGAGUGGACUGCCAAGCAGUCGUCGCGCCGCUGGUGGGAGCAGUUUGUACAGGACGUUCCCGUGGAACUUUUAGAAGACAUCUGCCAUCAAAUUCUGGACCUAUACUCGCACGGCAACAAGCCCAUCCCACAGCAAAUGCAGGAAAAGGAGCGGGCGUCCACAGCACCCCCUUUGACCCCAGCGCCUCCAGCACCGCAGUCUGUGGCCGUCCCGCCCCCACCGCCGGCUAAAAAGACGUCCCCUCAGGGCACCAGUCCUGCGCGACAGCUUAAGCGAUCACACCCCUCCCCCAAGGAAGAACCAAAGCCUCCAGAACAAGUGGGAGCAAAGAUUCCUCGACUGGAGAGUCCCAUGCCACCACUACCGACGUCACAACCGCCACCCGACCGCAAACCCGCCGCCCCCGCUCCACCCGCCGAAGCGGAACCCCCUAGCGAAGCGGCCCCACCACCCCCCCACGCGCCGCCGCCCAACCAGCCCCCUCCCCUUCCCCACCGGCCUCCGCCUCCACCGCCCUCCAACUACGUCAUGUCCACCAGCAGCUCGUACAUGUCGGGCGAGGGCUUCCAGAGUCUCCAAUCCAUGAUGAAGACAGAAGCGCCCGCCUACGUGCCCCCCAUGCCACCCGCCUAUGCGCCCCCUAUGCCACCUUACCACGUCUACCCGCCACCUACCGCUCCGCCCCCUGCGCAUCCUCCCCCUGCCGGUUACCCGCCACCCACCAUGCCCCCUAGCUACCCUCCUCCAGGCUACACCGGCUUCCCCCCACCGCCGCACAUUCCCCCGCCCGUCAUCGGUUACCCACCUCCGCCCGUUCCCCAAGGCCAACCGCAGGUACCUCUCCCUCCUCCGCCCGGCAUGCCCAUGAAUCGGACCGGCUGGAUGAGAUGA